ACAUUUUAGAUCGAUAAUCUGGGUGAAUGAUACAGUUUUGACAUUUUUUUUUUUUUUUUUUUUCAGUUGUAAAUCCAACGAAAGUCAUUAAACAAUACAUUUAUCCACAGGGCGUAUGCAAUGUAUUGGUUGGGACAGAAAAUACAGUGAUAAUUAACGAAGCAGAAAGACUUCUGUCAGAUGAAUCAGCUCGCGGAGAAGCUAAUCUUAACCGGGAUGAAGUAUUGGUUGGUCUUCUUAACAUCAUACUGAACCCAAAGUUGUCAACAAAUCCGUCGCCAAUGCCAAAACGGGAGCUUGAAGCAACAUUUAUAAAGUCUUACGGAAAGCAUUUUUCUUGUAAGACAUUCAAAGAGGUAGCAGGAAUUCCACUGGAUUUGUUUUUAGACAAAUAUCCUGAAUCAUUUCACAAAUAUAAUAAAAAGGGUGAAGUGAUGUUGAGGUCUAUGACACGCAAGCCUACCAACAAAAUAAAAAGUAAUCAUAAGAUGACAAGAUGUGACUCGGCGUCUUCGAGCGUUGAAACAACUGCUUCUUUUUAUACUGCAAAUGACAACGAUAGCGAUAUGUUUUUAUCUGAAAACGACUCUUGUUUAGAAACUUCGCCACUAUGUGAUCAGCAACAAAACCUCGCUGAUACAAAAAGGAAAACACCGAUAACAUCUUCAAGUGAGGAAAAUGGGAGUGAUGCGGAUUGCUUAACACCACGAAAUGAAGGCAUUGAAGAAAGCGAAGACAAAUGCGAGUCUGGUGAAUGGAGAACAGUUCAAAAUAAGAAAAAAAGAAAGAAGAACCCAAUCAAGGGGUUAAGCCAAAAACACUCGGACAUUCAAGAUAAUCGUUCUUGGAAAAACCCACUUGACUCAACACCCAAGAAAAAGAAAGAUAUUGGAAACCAGACGUUGUUACGGCAGUUAUUGUCCAAAUCUGAAGAUAAGAAUUUAAGGUUUGUUGGUGAGGAUGCGUAUAGAAGUCCCCUGAAAUGCAUGGUGGACAUAGUAAGCAUGUGGAAUACGCCUACUUCAGCGCCCUCCUUCAUUGUUUUUGGUGCAAGUAUGGACGCGAAUGGGCAGAUGCGACUUCAAGGGUUGGCUUCUGAGUAUGACCUUCAGUGCUUUAAUUCUCUAUUUGAUAGAGACAAUUUUACAACUGUUCCUCAAUUUUCAUACUUUGAAACUACACAUAACGAUAAAACAUUUGGAGUAUUCACAAUACCAAGCAGCGAGGGACACAGUGCACCAUGCAUAGUGAAAUAUUCAGCAUCAGAUGACUUGCAAAGCAUCACAAAAUCACAGCUGUGGCACAGACCUCUUCUGGAUAAUAACGUAUGUGAACCCACAGAAGAUGAAUAUACACGCAUAUAUCAAUGGUUCAACAGAAAUCCAUCGUCUUCGUCAGCUGCAGACAAAGUGGCUGCAUGUGAUGGCAGUAAAGCAAAAGAAACCAAAUCUGGGGAAAAUAGCAAUUCACCUAAAAUAUACAAGACGACAGGAGAACUGAGGAAGAUCAUCAACGUUAGAAAAGAUCAUUUUGUUUUAGUUGCUGGUGACAUUCCUCCUGGAUUGCCGGACCUUGGAGCAAUAUCUCUAAUUCCAUGGAUUGCAGUCUUCGACAUGGAUUUGAAUAGUAGGGACAGAGGUCUGUUGCGCGCCAAUGAACGACUUAUUUCAAAGGAAAGAUCGUUACAAAUUACAACCUGGAAAGAACCUGCAGCGAGCAUAGUAGAAGAGGGAACGAGAUGGUGCUUUAUACGAGGUCGAAGAGAUGACCCAAGGAGUAAAAUUACCCCUACCGAUGACGUUCGUGUAUGGUACAAAACCGUACAAUCAUCACUUGAUGCCCACAUUGAGCAACUCAGAAAAUUCGCAACUGGUUACACUAUUUUGAAUGUUGUUGUGAUGUGGCCGACUGAUGAAUCAAUCGCCCCUUUCUUGCAAAAAAUGUUGUCGAAACUGGACGAAAACGUUGACCCAGCGCCUAAAAUUCUUUUAUUCAUGCCUUCACCUCCGACAACGUCAAAGGGUCGAGCAGUGUUUCAGUUGCUGUGUAGCGAAUACAAACAAAACAUUACGAUUUUCCAGUUAGAAUUGAAAGACAUACUGAAUGGGUUGAAGGGUUUCUUGAAAAGAACCGAUACUCCGAAGUUUAAAAAAUUUGAACUUCCCCAUUCAGAUGAAUGCGAAAACCAAGACAUAACUGAUGAAAAUGCAGCAUGGUUACGUGAAGAUUUGGAUGUUCUGUUUCUGAAAAGUCCGUACGCUAAAGUGGAUGAGGAUCUAAGUGUUCUUCAAGAGGAAAAAAACAAGUUCUAUCAAGGUGGUACACUUCAUUGGUCUACGUGGUAUGGAUGUGACUCUAGAUCUCUGGAUGUUCCGCGAGAUAUAAGAGAUUCUUUCGCGCGGACAAUACAAGACCUUAUCACCGAAAAUCGCGGAAACCUUCUGUACCUCUAUCAUGAUCCUGGAUCAGGAGGUACAACGCUUUCCCAAAGACUGCUGUGGGAUUUUCAUACACAAGUGCCAUGUGUCCAUCUGAAAACAAGGACAUAUACAUCGACAAAAACAUUGAAAGAGAGGAUUGACUUUCUCUAUGAAAAAACCUUACUACCAGUGAUUUUGCUUGUAGAUGGAGAGGAUGAAUCUAAGGUGAAAAAUAUGUUUAGAGAGUUAAACGCUAGAAGCCCCAUAAUCAUCAUUUGUGUGAAACGCCACCCGUUCCAAGAACACGAAAAGAGACUUUCUCAAAAACUCAAAGGACACGUGUCAAACAGCGAAGCGAAAAAUCUAGCAAUGCAAUAUAUAGAACAAUGCAAAGAUGACGUACCUAAGAAGAGGGAGCUGAACAGACUGUAUGAAGACGUCACGGCAAAACGUUCCCAUUGUCUCUAUGAGUUUGGAUUAACAGCUUUUCUUCAUGAAUUCACAGGAUUGGCACCCUAUGUCAGAGGUUAUCUACAACCUCAUUUCGAUCCUUCUUGUAAAUCCAUUCACCCCAAAUUGAGAAUUCUUGGGUACUUGUCCCUGGCUUACUUUUAUGGACAUACUUCAUUGCCAUGCCAAUUUUUCGCUGAGUUGCUUCAUAAACCGUCGAACUAUUCUGUAGAUCUCGACGACUUUCCUCAUCCGAUUGGACUUUUCAUUGUUCCAGAUGAUACUGAGGGAAGACGUAAAAACAUACGUAUUUGUCAUUACUUGAUUGCAAAAGAAAUCCUGGAAUACAUCCUUGGUAGUGACAAGAAAAAAUGUGGCAACACAGGAAAUGAGCUGAGCUAUUCAGCAAAACAUAAUCUUUCAGAGUUUUGUCUUGAACUGAUAGAUUAUGCUAGCAACAAGAAAUUGAGGAGUGGAAUUUCAACAGAAAUAACUGUGCAUUGCUUAACAAGAAUCUUCAUUUUUCGUGACAACAAGGACGUUGGCCAGACCACAGAAAUGCGAAGAAAACCGGUUUUGUCAAGAGUUAUAAAUGACAUUAAUUCCACCGCACCAAACUUCACUGAACGGCUCCAGGUUCUAGAAAGAUUGACAAAAAAAUUCCCAAAUGAUGCAAGCUUUCUAGCUCACCUUGGCAGGUUCUACUCAUUCUGUAGACCAGACGAAAUCGAAAAAGCUGAGGAAUGCUUCAGGAAAGCACUCGACUUGUGUCCGAAGUGCAAGGAUGAAGAAAGCAUUGAGGCAAUAGAUGAUCGGUCGAAAACAAUACUGGUACACAUAUACCAUAUGUAUGGAACAGUACUGCAAAGGCAAAUAGCUCAGUAUACGGGAAAUGCUGCUCAUGAGAAACCGGAAAAGGAGACUAAGCAAGAAGAUUUCCGAAAAAGAUUCGACGAAAUCAGAGAUGUUGCGAAGACCGCCUGCAAAUUAUUUGAAAAUUGCAGAAAGUUCACGGCGACUGGGCAUGAAAACGGAUAUGGAUAUAUCGGGGAGAUUUACGUUCGCCUACAAGUAUGUGAUUUCGUACAACGAAACUACAGAAAUGGUGAUGGUGCUGUAGGAAUCAAAGGAUUCUUGUCUUCAAAUGGAAAAGGAAAAUGUACAGCCAAAAAGUUCCUAAGAAAAAGCGCAUAUAUCAUCCCAAAUUUGAUCUCGAAGUGUUACAUGGUAGUCGAAAAGAACGAUAUAGACUCUGGAUUAAACAAAGCGGUUAUUUGGUUUAAUCACUUGUUUCAAGCAGAGAAAUUAAAUGUGGAAGGAUUGGCUGUUCAAGAGGACGAUAAUUCCUACCGACUGAAAAUUGCGAUCCGAAAGCAGCGAUAUGCCAAAACUAAGGACUCGUUGGCGUUGCUAGAAUGUGUCGACAAUCCUCAGGAUAUGAAAGAAAUCGUUGAAUGCUACGAAAAAAUAUUCCAGAAUGUGGCACAUUCAAACCAACUCAGCUACAGAAAACGGCAAGAAACGGAACUGGAGUUCAUGGAAUGGUUGACUGCAAUAAGGCAUAGGUUGUGCUUUAAGGCGUACACAAUUACAGAUGUUCUCACACAGGUGGAGAUAUGGGAUGAUAAGAUACCUUCUGCAAUGUCAACGUUUUACAGUUUCGUCUUGAAAAGUAUCCUUGGAAUCGGUACUGUUAAACAGAAAGGAGAUACUGAAAACCUUCUUGAUGCAAAAGCGAUGAUAAAAAAGAUGCAGCAGUAUGGGCGAUCAGUCUUGAGGCCAAAGUUUCCAAGAGAAUGGAUGGGGGCAUCGGGUGAAGGGAUUAAGUGUUUAAUACCUGGAACACGAUAUCUUGGGAUGUCAUCCGAAGACCAGCCGCAAAGUCAAAGAGAUGCGCGGGUUUUUAAGGGAACAAUCGCUCCUCCAAAUCGCCGGAAGGCUGCAGGUAUCAUUCAACUUGACCUAGGUGACAACGAUAUUGAAGUCCGGGUGUUUUUUAUCCCAAACAAUGUCAACCUUUCUGGAUCUCAGUAUGCUGCAAAACGAGUAGAAUUCGAAUUAGCAUUCAGUCUACAACACGGUUAUGAAGCGUUCGCAGUGAAACUACUCCGACUUUAUGGCUGCACACAGUGCAGUUUAUCAGCAGAAAUAUGUAGUCGAGAAAGCAGCGCCCGGUGUCAAGUUUGUAGUACAAUAAUUCAGAAGGACGAGUUCACAUUGACCCAAGCUAGGCAAAGUCCAUAGAUCGUAUGUGUCACAGAAGAAAAAGAAUGCUGCUCAGGACAAAAGCGAAACUACCAAGUGUUGUGUAUGUUAAGAUUUUCUUUAAACAAUGUUCACUUUGUCUUGGACAAUAUGAUGAAACAUAGUUGAAAUACAUUUGAUGUAGUUAUUGUUUUACCAUUCUUAAAGUAAUGAUAUUCCCUGUCACUUGGACUACUUAUAUAUUCACCCGAUCUGCGUUGUUUGGUUGUAGUUUCACUUCAGGUUUAACAACUAAUCUCUGACAUGUGGACAAAUGACGUAUACAUGUUCAUCCGUUUAUAAGCAACAGAUGGAGUUAGACGAAAUGAAUUUGAGCAAUUAAGAAUAGUGUUGACGAUUUCAUUAACUAUUAUUAUCCCCUCGCGAAGAAAGUCGGGGAGGGGAUAUAGCGUUCCGUUCAUUUUUGAACGGAUUCUGACCAAACUUCAUACAUGGAUCCAGCAUGGGAAU